UGCCGCCCGGCGCCGGGGACCUUCCGCGGGUCUCCUCGGGGCCUGGCAUCAUGGCGGUGGCUGCGGUCACCACUCCCGGUGUUCUGCUGCGGGCAGGUACUGCGCGGCUGCUGCGAGGACGAGUACCGGAGCUACUCUGGCCGCGACUUGAAGUGGGCACCACCGCCCUGGAGCGCGACUUCAGUCUGUCUCACCAUCGGGGCACGGUCAUCGUGGAGCGCUGGUGGAAGGUGCCCCUGGCCGGGGAGGGCCGGAAACCUCGUCUGCACCGGCGACACCGCGUCUACAAGCUGGUGGAGGACACGAAACACCGGCCAAAGGAAAACCUGGAGCUCAUCCUCACGCAGUCUGUAGAGGAACUUGGAGUCCGGGGUGAACUGGUUUCAGUGAAGAAAUCUUUGGGUCGCAAUCGUCUACUUCCUCAGGGACUGGCUGUGUAUGCAUCCCCUGAAAACAAAAAGCUGUUUGAAGAAGAGAAAUUGCUAAGACAACAAGGAAAAUUAGAGAGGAUCCAGACCAAGGCAGGUGAGGCGACAGUGAAAUUUCUGAGAAACUGUCACUUGGAGGUAGGAAUGAAGAACAAUGUCAAAUGGGAGCUGAAUUCUGAAAUAGUUGCCCGCCACUUCCUCAAGAAUCUUGGUGUCGUGGUUACCCCUCAUGCAUUGAAGCUACCAGAGGAGCCUAUCACACGGUGGGGCGAGUACUGGUGUGAGGUGACGGUAAAUGGGCUUGACACCGUGAGAGUUCCUAUGUCUGUGGUGAACUUUGAAAAGCCCAAGACCAAAAGAUAUAAGUACUGGUUAACCCAACAAGCUGCCAAGGGCAUGGCCUCCACCAGUUCCCAGACAGUCUGAAUCUACUUUCCCUACAAGAUUGAAAAGCAGAAUCAGUAGCAGUGGAGCAAAAACGAACCAGUACCCUGAUCAUACUCCCAUAUCUGACCAAAUAUGGAAUUUUAGAGAACACGUGGACACAUCGGACUGAACUACAUAUACAUGUUGAAUUCUCCAUAUUUGCCAACUCCAUCUUGGACAAUCAUCACAUCCAGUUCUAUCAGGGCACUUUUGCUGGAGAAGUACCAGGCUUUUGAUUUGAUAAGCUGGAUACCAGUGGACUGAAACAGACCAGAUUCUAUUUAGUCUCUUCACCCAUUGGAGUUGAUUGGAACAAAUGGAAGUCAUUGUCUUUUUAGUACUUGAUUCACUGUCGUCAUCCAACUGAAUAUUUGUAUCUCAAGCAGAAAUAAAAUGUGUGUUCUUGCUAGAUAUGGUGGGACACACCUGUAAACCCAGCGAACUGGGUUCAGUUCCUAGGAUUACACACAAUAAAAGAGGUGCGUCCUUUUUUUUAAAAACUGGACUUGAGUAGACUGGGAAUAAGACAUCCAGGUGAAAUGUGUUCUUGAGCAUUGAGGUUUGCUGCCAAAAAGGAGAAGAGAAUACAUCAGCUUGCUCCAUCCCACAGUUGCUCUGAGCAAAUUACUCUGAAUAAACUGAUUAUAUCUUUGAUCUUAAAGCUUACUGUCACUAAAUCAAUGUGAAUAAUCACAGUGGAUUCUUUAAGGAGAUCUGAAUAAGGCCUACAGGUAAUUUAUGGGAAAAAAAUGAAGCUAAGAUGAAAAAAGUUAAGAACGGAAUGUAUAUAUUAUUUCUUGGAUGAGCUCCGGGAAUUUGGAAACUGUUUUUUGAACUAUCUCCUGAAAUUCUUGACCAAGGUUAAGAUAAGGAGCUCAUUUGGUCAUACUAGAAUAGAUGUCUUGAUGGGAGUUGAAGGAAGUAGAUAGUUUUGCAUAAGUUCACAGUCUACUAGAAAAAGGAACAUCCAUUGACAGGUGGGUUGUGCCAGGCUCACUCAAAUAUAAUAUGAGGUCAUGCAGUUGAGGGAGGUAAGGAUAAGACCAUUGACUCUGCUGUCAACCCUACCAGAAGAUCAAAGAUUGAUUUCCAUCUUCCUGUUUGAGCUGACCUGUCACUCCGAGCCAAUUAAGCAUUUUCAUCCCAAAUAAGGUCUAUCAGUAGUUGCACUAAUAACUACACCCACCUUCACACUUGCCAGAACUCUCUUAAAUAAGAUGGAGGACUGCUACUGUUCGAAAUUUGCUAUUUCAAUGAUCCCAUUUCUACUUUACUUGAAAUGGAAGGCUCAUAUAACAGCAUCUUUCAGUUGAUCACCAUUCUGAUGUUUUCUGAAAUUGAGCAACAGGCACAUUUCAUACAACUAAUCUCAAAAAAUGUUUAAAUACUCAUAAGUUGAUUUCCUGGCAAAAACAGAGUUUGAGAUUUGUAUGCAGAAAGUAUAUUGGGGGGAGUCCUAUAGAUCAGUGCUUUGUUGGGGAGAGGCAGAAACAGGAUUGGGUAGAGGAAGAAGUAGAGCUGAGGCCAUCUUACAAAGGCCUCUGGAUCCCACUGGAAGCUCAAACUAGGAUGCUCCAAUAAGCAAGUUGGUGAACCUACAUAUGUACCUACCUGGUGUAGAAAAAAGGGCAUGACCUUGGGUGAGGUAGACAACUUCAGCCAAAGACAGUUCCCAAAAGGGAACUCAGGUAAGAGCUAUCAGCUGUCAGCAUUCUCAGCAAUUUGGGGACUGAGUACCUCAGUCCUGUAGUGGACAGUCACCACUGCAGUUCAUUCCUUGAACUGCUCAGAACCAUUUGCUUCAUAAAUUCUGACAUAGAUCACUCAGGAUUCCAGUGGUCUCUUUUCCUGGUAAAUUUUUUAAAAGUCUG